AUGGGGACAUUCCCCCUUCUACCCCAAUUCACCUUCAUCCGUCCCGGGAGAAUGUGCUGGGUGGCUGGCUGGGGAAAAACAGAUGUGAAGGAACCAACCUCCAGCACUCUGCAAGAGAUGAAGCUGAGAAUAGUGGAGCCCCAGGCCUGCAGCCACUUCCCUGCUUUUGACCACAGUCUUCAGCUGUGUGUGGGCCAUCCUCAGAGCACAAACUCUGCAUUUAAGGGAGACUCGGGGGGCCCUCUUCUGUGUGCUGGGGUGGCCCAGGGCAUUGUCUCCUAUGGACAGUCCAAUGCAAAACCCCUGCCGUCUUCACCCGGAUCUCCCAUUACCGGCCCUGGAUCGACAAGGUCCUGA